CUCAAUGUGCACCGGUAGCAUGUAUGCAUGUCCUUGUGCUUAAGGAAAUCAUGUAGGUGUGGUUCAUGUAGUUUACGAGAGAAGUAAUAUUCUGAUCUCUUCGCUCACGAUAUUUUUAAGCCACAAGUCAAGUAGACCUGCAAAGUUCACUCCAAAGCUAUAUGUAAACACGAUAUGGUUUAAAGAUAGCCAACAGCAGCUAGCUGCCACAGCCAAAGUUUAAACUAUGACAAGCUCCAAAUCCUUCCCCCUCCAAGAGAAAGUAUUUCUUCAUAGCAACUUGAAAAGAUUCAUCGACCUUCUCAUCUUCCUCCUCAUCGUUGCUCUCCUAAUUUAUCGCCUCGCCUCCUUCCAGACAGCUGACAGCCUCGGUAUCUGGCUUAUCGCCUUCGUCUGUGAAUCUUGGUUCGCCUUCGUAUGGCUUCUCAAUGUCAAUUGUAGAUGGAAUCCAAUUGCUUAUAUAACAUAUCCUGAACGUCUCUCAAAGAGAUUUGAAGAUCUACCAGCGGUGGACAUGUUCGUCACCACCGCGGACCCAAGCCUCGAGCCACCAAUUGUCACCGUCAACACAGUGCUCUCCUUGCUCGCCGUAGAAUAUCCAAGUCAUCGUCUCGCUUGCUAUGUGUCGGACGAUGGAGGAUCUCCAAUAACAUACUAUGCACUUUGCGAAGCUUCUAAAUUUGCCGAAAUAUGGGUACCUUUCUGUAAAAAGUACAAGAUUCAAGUUCGAGCUCCCUUUGUGUAUUUCUCAAGUGAACUGCAGGUAUCGUCCGCUAUCAUUCAAGAUUGGAAACAUGUGAAGGCGGAAUAUUUGGAGCUAGUUAGAAAGAUAGAAAAUGCUUCCAGAGAUUAUAUUCCACAUCACACGAACGAUGACUUCGUUGAGUUUUCCGCCAUAGAGAGACGGAACCAUCCAAGCAUUAUCAAGGUGAUAUCGGAGACCAAGGAAGAGUAUGGCAUUCCACAUUUGAUUUAUGUUGCUAGAGAGAAGAGGCCAAAAAGUCCACACCAUUUCAAAGCUGGAGCUAUGAAUGUUCUGACGAGAGUAUCGGGAGUCAUGACAAAUGCUCCUUUCAUCCUCAAUGUGGACUGUGACAUGUUUGCAAAUAAUCCGUUGGUUAUUCUUCAUGGGAUGUGCCUCUUGCUUGGCUUUGACAAUGAGGUAUUCAGUGGAUUUGCUCAAGAACCACAACAAUUCUAUGGUGCACUCAAGGAUGAUCCUUUUGGAAAUCAAUUGGUGGUCUUGCAGAAGAAAUUGGGAAUGGGCAUUGGAGGGAUUCAAGGUCCUUUUUAUGGAGGAACAGGUUGUUUUCAUAGAAGGAAAAUUAUUUACGGUGCAUCACCUACCCGUGAGGAAUGCAAUGCCCACCCUCUACUAAAUGAUGAAUUAUCCUAUGAAGAUGUGAGAAGAAUAUACGGAAAUUCCAAAGAAUUAAUGCAGUCAGUCAAUGAAAUAACUUCAAAGAACUAUUUUGGAUCUUCAAUCAUGGGUGACCUCCAUAGUAGAAUUCAAGCAGGUAGAGAAGUUGCUUCUUGCAGCUACGAGCUUAAUACGUGUUGGGGCAAAGAGAUUGGAUGGAUUUAUGGAUCAAUGACUGAAGACGUCCUCACUGGACUUAUAAUACAAGCCAAGGGAUGGAGAUCGGCAUAUUUUACACCGGACCCACCAGCAUUUCUUGGAAGUGCUCCGACGGGUGGGCCAGCGAGUCUGACCCAAUACAAAAGAUGGGCCGUGGGCCUACUGGAGAUCCUCUUUGAUUCCAACAGCCCAGUACUUGCAACGUUAUAUAAGCACCUUAGCUUUAGACAGUGCCUAGCGUAUUUGGUGAUUAAUACCUGGGCUGUGUCUUCUAUAUUUGACUUCUGCUAUGCUCUCCUCCCCGUAUAUUGCUUUCUGGCUAAUACCAAUUUCUUGCCAAAGGCAUCUAGCCCCGAGUUCCUCAUCCCGCUAGCAACCUUCACCGUCUUUAACAUCACCACCUUCUCCGACUACCUUGAAUGCGGCCUCUCAGCUCGUACGUGGUGGAACAACCAGAGAAUGGGCAGAAUCUACUCUGCAUCUUCAUUCUUGCUCGCGUUCCUCUCUGUCAUCCUCAAAAUCCUCGGUCUCUCAGAAACAAUCUUUGAAGUCACUCGAAAGGACCAAAAUAGUUCGACCGAUGAAACAGACGAAGAUCGUGGUAGGUUGACAUUCGACUCGUCUCCCUUGUUUGUGCCCGGGACCGCACUCGUGAUGGUACACAUCGCGGGGAUGGUCACUGGAGCUAUGCGUCUAGUUGCCGGGAGACAACAACGUUGGGGGCUAGGGGAAGUUGUAUGCAGUGCGUGGGUGUUGUUAACGUUUUGGCCAUUUGUCAGGGGUCUUUUUGGAAAGGGAAACUAUGGGAUCCCUUGGGCUGUUGUGUGGAAAGCUGUGGCCUUGGGCUUUGUUUUCUUGCAGAUUUGUGGAUUGGGGCAGAAAAGUUAGAUUGUGUAUCGUCCCAUUUGACGGAGCUUCGGGUUAAAGCUAUGUGGUGUGAAUGUUGACACCAAAGAUUUAAAAAAAAAAAAAAUCUUCCACUUUUCCUAUCGUUCAACACUUUUGAGUGGAAAUUUGUAGAUUAUUAUUAGAACUUAAAUACCUUAUACACCCUAUGAUUUAUCUUGCUUUACACUUUACGGGUUGGCUUGUUUUUUGCAUCA